AUGGUUAUGCAGAAGAGAGAGUUCGUAGAUGGAGGUCACACACGCUGUGACGUUCGAUUUCUGUACAAAGUGAUAAUUAAGUUGUUCAAAGGAUUGACAGAGGAAUUGCAGAUUGUAGGAUAUGGUUAUGUCAGAGAUGAAUUCAAGAGACACAGAAGCUAUGCCGUCUCCAUUACUGAACAGCUGAAGCUCAAAGGAAUUAUCUUGGAACAGUUUGGUGCACAGUUAUACGAGGAUGGCAUCGACCAGGUGAGAGCUGGUCAGCUAUACCAGUUGUAUGAGCUAAUGACUGCUGCAAAAGAAUAA